GUGACUAUGGGUGAGCGAGCCCCCGCCGACCCCUGGCCAUGAAGCAGCCGCCCACCCGCCCACGCCCGCCCAUACACGCCCCAGCAUGGGUGCCCGCCCUCCUCUUCCUCUUGGUGCUUUUGUUGGUGGGUGUUGGGCGGGCUCAGAGGCCCGCCCGUGUCCCCUCUUCCACUACUACCACCACCCAGAGUACUGGGCGGCAGGUGUGGGCGGCAGAGGAGGAGGGGGAGGAGGAAGAGGGUGGGGGGGUAGCCACCCGGACCCCCUACACCUGUCCUCAGGACCUGUGUAAGAUCACGCAGCUGGUGGAGGGUGUGAUCGGGGUGACACAAGUCAAGGUCGCCUGUCAUGAUCACCUCAGGAUAACUUCCCUCAGGGAUAUCUGGCCGCAUUGUCUCCCCGCGACCACCAGGGACCUAGACCUGUCUGGGAGUGGCCUUACCCGACUACCCGCCGGCAUCCUGUCCCACCUGCCCGCCCUCGAGAAACUGUAAGUACCGCCGCCAUCUUGGUCUUCCUCUGGUACUGGUCACUGUAUACCGCCGCCAUCUUGGUCUUCCUCUGGUACUGGUCACUGUAUACCGCCGCCAUCUUGGUCUUCCUCUGGUACUGGUCAC